GAGCUGACCGCGAAUCUGUUGCUGCAUUUCUCGGUAAAGUUCCUACUGCUGGUGAAAUAGAAGAAGUAGAGAGUGCAUCAGCAGCAGCAGCAGCAGAAGGAGCAGCAGGAGGUGAAGAAGAGGCCUCUUCGCAGGCAGACCAAGGAGAGGAAGAGUCAACAACAGGAGAAGCAGCAGAAGAAGCACCAAGUGCUCCAGCAGAACCAGCAGCAGAAGAGCAGCAGCAGGAAGGUGAUGCCGCUGCUGAGUCUGCAUCAGCGACUGCAGACACACAGUAA